UCACUACAAACAUGACUACCCAGGUGUAUAAAAUUUCUUCCUUUCUGUGAAAAUAUUUUCUUAAUGAUUGACGAUGCUCGUACAUAAAACAUUAAGUUGUAGUAGAUACAGAAUGCGUUUCGCAAUAGAGUAAUAACUGUGUGUGCCAUAGAUGUUGCGGUACUAUGAGAACGAUUUCUUGUAAUGUGGAUUUGAUGAUGACUCGCCGUCUCGCUUCGCAGGUUAUUGUUCUAACAGUCCUUGUGGUCGCCGCCCUCGCCCGCCCCGAGCCACCACCUACGUAUGGACCUCCAGCACCAGCCUACAAACCCCCAGCACACCCACGACCUACUUAUGGAGGUCCUGCUUACCCUGACACUCCUCCCCAGUACAACUCUCAGUACGCUGUGAGGGACGACUACUCCGGCAACGACUUUGGUCAUGAUGAAUCUCGUGACGGUUACGACACCAAGGGUACUUAUUACGUUCAGCUUCCCGACGGUCGUCUGCAGAAAGUGACUUACUACGUCAACGGUGACUCCGGCUACGUAGCGGAAGUUAGCUACGAGGGCGAGGCCCAGUACCCAGCCUACCAGCCUGCUCCAGCCUACCAGCCUGCUCCAGCCUACAAGCCCGCUCCAGCGUACGCAUAAACCAAUAAAAUAUAUAUUUUUAUA